AUAUAAUAUAGACAAUAGACUCAGCUGAGUUUCAUUUUCAUUUUCAAUUCUUCUCUUUGAAACAUAUGGAUUGAGAACCCAAGUCAGAGGAGACAAAGGGUAUCCAAGCAAUAUUGAAUCUGCUGUGAUAGGUGCAAUUAGGAUUGGAAAUGGAUCACAAAGAGAUGCCAUGUCCAACUGCAGACACCUGGGGAAAGUCUUUCCCUUCAGGGAAUGAAUUACUUAAGAAUAUCUCCUCCGAUGACACACCUCUUACCAGUUCUCAGCGUUCUCAGCAGAAAUGGGAGGAUCCCUCCAUGUUAGAUUACAACGCUAGAAUUGAACCACCUUUCCAAGAUUUCAAGCAACGUUCUGAAACCCAAUCUUCACUUCCUUGUAACCCUAAUAAUCAUAAUAAGGUUACAGAUGAAGAAGAUGUUCAGAUGAAUGGAACAAUUCAAACAGAGAAAAUCCAAGACUGGGAUCCAAGAGCAAUGCUAAAUAAUCUCACUUUCCUGGAGCAAAAGAUACAUCAGCUCCAGGAUUUAGUGCAUUUGAUUGUUGGCAGGAGAAGCCAAGCCUUGGGGCGACCAGAUGAACUUGUAGCUCAGCAAAAGCAGCUCAUCACUGCUGAUCUUACUUCAAUUAUUGUUCAGUUGAUCUCUACUGCAGGUAGUCUUCUCCCAUCUGUGAAGCCCCUUUCCGGCACUACUCCUACUGGACAGCUUGGACAGCUUGGUGGGCUCUUCUUGCCUUCCACAGUAGGCCUGAACGGCAGUGUUCAGCUGCAAAAUAAUAGUGGAAGCAAAGUUUCUGAUCAGUCUAACCAGAUGGAUAUAACUGUUAAUUGUGGGAAUGAACAAAAUUACAAUAUGGAAGAACAUGAAUCAAAAGAUGAUGAAGAUGCGGAUGAAGGAGAGAACCUUCCACCUGGUUCCUAUGAAAUCUUACAGUUAGAAAAAGAAGAAAUCCUUGCACCUCACACCCACUUUUGUACGAUAUGUGGGAAGGGUUUCAAGCGGGAUGCAAAUCUACGGAUGCACAUGCGUGGUCACGGGGAUGAGUACAAAACCCCAGCAGCCCUUGCAAAACCCAAUAAAGAGGCCACCUCUGAACCAAUGCUUAUUAAGAGGUAUUCCUGCCCAUAUGCUGGCUGCAAGCGGAACAAGGAGCACAAAAAGUUUCAGCCUCUGAAGACUAUUCUAUGUGUCAAAAACCAUUAUAAAAGGACUCAUUGCGAUAAAAGCUAUACUUGCAGCAGAUGCAAUACCAAAAAAUUCUCAGUUAUUGCAGACCUCAAAACUCAUGAAAAGCAUUGUGGCAAGGAUAAAUGGCUUUGUUCCUGUGGCACAACAUUCUCAAGGAAAGACAAGCUUUUUGGACACAUUGCUCUUUUCCAAGGACACACUCCUGCCAUUCCCCUUGAAGAAACUAAAGGCCCAAAUGUACCACCUGAUCGAGGGGAAGGCAAUGAAGCAAUAAAUAAGGUCAGAAGUAUAAAUUUCAAUUUUGGCUCCAAUGCUCCCAAUGGGAAUGAAGUACAAAAUACUGCUGAUGUGAAAGGAAAUAUUGAGGAUCCAACCGGAUAUUUCUCGCCAUUGAACUUUGAUACAUGGAAUUUUGGUGGGUUUCAUGAGUUCCCUCGACCCCCAUAUGAAGAUUCAGAGAGUUCUUUAUCUUUUCUUAUACCAGGGUCAUGUAAUUACACUGUGCCAGGGUCCUGUAAUUUCACUCAGAAAACUGGGGCAGAAUCAAGUUCUAAUAAUCCUGAGUGAUGUUGAUGUAACUCAAAUUAUACUGGCUGCAGGCUUGAAGUUCCUAGUAUCUGUAAUAUUUUGUAAGAUUGUGAUCCCAUGUACUAAUUAAUUUCUUUAGCUUUAAUAAAUUGAUUUUCUUUAAUA